AUGAUCCGCCCUCCUUCUCAGCACGGCCCGGGGGAGGACAACGCCCUCAGACGACGACGGCGACGACGAUUGCAGUUCAACUCACAUCAUCGAAUGGCCGCUGAUCGACCUGGACCGUGGAGUAGAUGGGAUGUGCCCGGUGCGAGCGGUUUGGGCGGUGGUGCCAGUGUUGGCGGUGUGAGCUUUUUUGAACCAUCAUCCAUUCUCAGAACUGGACUUGUUGAUCAAAAAAUAAAUAAAAUCAUUCGAAAUGUUACAGCGAUCGAUCCCUCCUUCUACGACUGUGUGUACAACAGUUCACUCGGUCAAGUGGUUAUCGAGAGGUGUUAUAAAGAUCUCGGUUGUUGCGCUACAACAUGUUGCACCAAUGAAGACUGGAAAAACAAGUACGGUUGGGCUGUGGCGCUAAUAGUAGUGUUCUGUAUAAUUGUUGUGAUUGCGGUGAUCGUCUCACUGAUAGUAUGGUUAAUCAAUCGUGCGAAGGAUAAACGACAGAAACGUCUGCUUGACGAUUCCGGACUAUCACGAGCAACUUCUAAUAUGUCUCUCGCUCAAAGCACUCCAGGCGGGUACCAUUUCGGAACUGGUCCCUUCAAGUCACCACCAGGCGCUGGAUAUCGUUAUUAA